AUGGUGGAGGCGGCGCCCGCCGGCCCCGGGCCGCUGCGGAAAACCUUCCUGGUGCCCGAGAUCAAGCCACUGGAUCAGUACGACUUCCCGCGGGCCAAGACGGCAGCCAGCCUGGCCUGGGUGCUGCGGGCCGCGUUUAGGGGUCAGGAGCACGUGCCUUCGGAGCUGUGGGAGCCUUUCUACACCGACCAGUACGCCCAGGAGCACGUGAAGCCGCCCGUGACACGGCUGCUCCUCUCGGCCGAGCUGUACUGCCGGGCCUGGCGGCUGGCGCUGCCCCAGCUCGAGGCCCCGCCUGGCCCCGCUGCCCUCUUGACGCUGUUGGCCCGGCGGGGCCUGACUCCCCUGUUUCCUGAUCGGCCCGUGCGGGAGGCUGACCUGAGGCACCAGCCCAUCCAGAUGGGUGCCCACUUGGCUGUGAUCGAUGCCCUCAUGACAGCCUUCGCCACCGAGUGGACACAGUCCCUGCCGGUCCCUUCGGCCCCGGGCAGCUGGGAACACAAACUCCUUCUUUGGGUGGACUCGACCAUGAGGCGACUACAGGAGAUGACAGAGCGAGAGGCAGCUCAGAGAACCCCCGUGCCCCCGGCGGACAGUGCUGCCCAGCCCUCGUGUCCCACCCGCUGGUACUGGAAGCUCGUUCCCCACGCCGUUGCCUUCUGUUUGAAGGAGUCAGGGAGCAAACCCCCUGUGAUCCGAUACCGAAAGGACCGGGCCGUGGCCCGCAGGGCCCCCUGUUUCCCCGUGGUGGCGGGGCUCCAGGACCUGGCCAGCGGGGCUGCCCUCGCUGCCAUCAUCCAUUGCUACUGCCCCCAGCUGCUGAGGCUCGAGGACGUGUGCCUGAAGGACACCAUGUCUGUGGCAGACAGUCUGUACAACCUGCAGCUGGUCCAGGACUUCUGCGCCGCCCGCCUGCCUGGCGGCUGCCCCCUGGCCCUGGAGGACUUGCUCUACGUGCCCCCCCUCCUCAAGACGAACGUGGCCGUGCUGCUGGCCGAGCUGUUUCUUUGCUUCGAAGUGUUGAAACCAGACUUCGUGAGGCCCAAAGAGCUGCCGGAUGGGCGAGGUUCCUCUCCGGGGGUCAGCGAAGCCUCCACCCCACCGAGCGGCAACGGAGCCAGCUCCCCCGUUUUCAAUUUCCGGCAUCCGCUUCUGUCUCCAGGGGGGCCGCAGUCCCCCCUCCGGAGUUCAUCAGGUUCCUUACAGUCAUCCCCCUCCAUGACCCACAUAGAAGCUUUCGGGAAGGCGUGGAACCGGCAGCUCAGCCGCCCCCUGUCCCAGGCUGUAUCCUUCAGCACUCCCUUUGGGCUGGACAGCGACGUGGACGUGGUCAUGGGUGACCCAGUGCUCUUGCGCUCUGCCAGUUCCGAUAGCCUGGGUCCCCCAAGGGUCUCAGCGUCGCAGCCUCCUCCAGAGCCAGCCCCGGAGCCUGGGGACCUCCCCACCAUAGAAGAAGCCCUGCAGAUCAUCCAUAGCGCCGAACCCCGCCUGCUCCCGGAUGGGGCCGCCGAUGGCGGCUUCUAUCUCCACUCCCCCGAGGGACCCUCCAAACCUACCCUGUCUUCAUCCUACCCCUCUGAGACCUCAAAGCCUCCUGCUUACUACCCCCACCCGGAGGGGGGCUGCAAAGCCUCAAAGCCGCUCUUGGCUUCUUCCUACCCACCCGGAGAGGCCUCCAAGCCAGGCCCCCCCGAGGGGCCCCCCGCCACCCCCACCCAGUCUGAAGUGCGCAUGACGAGCUUCGCAGAAAGGAAGAAGCAGCUGGUGAAGCCAGAAGGCCGGGCUGGGGAGGAGGCUGGGCCGGGAGGCCUCCCCGAGGCCCCUUCAGAGGCCCUGAGCUCGGAGAUGAGCGAGCUGGGGGCGAGGCUGGAGGAGAAGCGCCGCGCCAUCGAGGCCCAGAAACGGCGCAUCGAGGCCAUCUUUGCCAAGCACCGGCAGCGCCUGGGCAAGAGCGCCUUCCUGCAGGUGCAGAAGCGAGAGGCCGGCGGCGAGAGCGACGGCGAUGGCGCCGAUGGGGACAACGGCUCCCCCGGGCCGGCGGCCGAAGGCACCCGAGGCCUGGGGCCCGGGGAGAGGCCGGCCGGCGAGGGCCGCGGAGAGCCUUCCGAAAGGCCCAAGAUGGUGACCUUCUCCCCAGAGGUGGGGUCCGGCCGGCCUUCCGAGGAGGGCCUGGGGGACUACAACCGCGCGGUCAGCAAGCUGAGCGCGGCCCUGAGCUCUCUGCAGCGGGACAUGCAGCGGCUCACGGACCAGCAGCAGCGGCUCCUGCGGGAGCCCGAGCCCCCCGGGCCGCCCGCCGCAGCCUGGAUCAUUCCCGGGCCCGCGGGGCCCCGGGCGCCCUCCCCGGCCCCCGCUCGCCGCGCCCCGCCCCCGCGGUCGCCCCAGCCGCCCCCCCGCCGAGCCUCCGUCCCCACUUCGACCCCCGCUCCCCGCAGCCCCAAACACGCCCGGCCCGCGGAGCUGCGGCUGGCGCCCCUGACGCGGGUGCUGACUCCGCCGCACGACGUGGACACUCUUCCCCACCUGCGCAAGUUCUCGCCGUCCCAGGUCCCCGUUCAGACCCGCUCCUCCAUCCUCUUUGACGAGGACCAGCCCGGCCCCGGCCCGGGGGCUGCCACCCCCUCUGGCCGGCCGGGGCUCAUUGAGAUCCCCCUGGGGAGCCUGGACAGUGACGGCGACGGGAGCCCCCCUGACGGGGACGACUCUCUGGAGGAGGCCGUGAACGGAGAGCCACGAACCGGCCUGGGUUUCUUUUAUAAGGACGAAGAGAAGCCGGAAGAUGAAAUGGCGCAGAAACGGGCUAACCUGCUGGAGCGGCAACAGCGGCGGGCAGACGAGGCUCGGAGGCGGAAACAGUGGCAAGAAGUGGAGAAAGAGCAGAAAAAGGAAGAAGCCGCCCGACUCACCAAAGAGGGGCCCAUUCUUUAUACUCAUCCCUCAUUUCCUGCUCUGGGCCUCUUUGUGUUUGUCCUCAGGUUGGCCCAGGAGGAGAGGACCCGCGUUGGGACUGGGGCCAGCCUGGAAGAGGAGGGUCCAGCCCGGAGAGGAGACUUUACACGACAAGAAUAUGAGAGGCGGGCACAGCUCAAGUUGAUGGAUGACCUGGACAAAGUACUACGGCCUCGGGGGACAGGGGGCGGGCCUGGAAGAGGGGGUGCCCGUAGGCCCCCUCGACCCCGAUCUGGCUGCUGUGAUGACUCGGCCCUGGGCCGUAGUCCCCGAGGCCUCUUGGGGUCCCGACUUAGCAAAGUUUACUCUCAGUCCACCCUGUCCCUUUCCACUGUGGCCAAUGAUUCUUCCAACAACCUUGGAGUCAAAAGGCCCACGUCCAGGGCCCCUUCUCCAUCCGGCCUGAUGUCCCCCAGUCGCUUGUUGGGCAACCGAGAUCGAGACUGGGAAAAUGGAAGUACUGCCUCGUCACCAGCCUCCGUCCCAGAAUACACGGGCCCCAAGCUGUACAAGGAGCCGAGCGCCAAGUCCAACAAGUACAUCAUCCACAAUGCAUUGGCCCACUGCUGCCUGGCUGGCAAGGUCAACGAGUCUCACAAGAACCGCAUCUUGGAGGAAAUUGAGAAGAGCAAAGCCAACCACUUCCUGAUCCUCUUCCGGGACUCAAGCUGCCAGUUUCGGGCACUGUACACGUUCUCGGGGGAGACGGAAGAGAUGUCACGCUUAGCUGGCUAUGGCCCCCGAACCAUCACCAAGUCCAUGGUGGAGGGGAUCUACAAGUACAACUCAGACCGGAAACGCUUCACACAGAUUCCUGCCAAGACCAUGUCCAUGAGCGUGGAUGCCAUCACCAUCCAAGGCCACUUCUGGCAGACCAAGAAGCCCAGUACCCCAAAGAAGCCCAGCACCCCUAAAUAGCCCAGACAUUCCCUGCCUAGCACUCUGUGGCCUGGACUCUGCCCCAGAGCCAGUCAGGGAUUUUCUGUUCCCAAGGGCGGCUCCCUAGAGGGAUGGUGGAGGUCCUCUGCUGGGGUGAAAGGUGGGGCUUUGUAUCACCCUACCCCAGCCCUGGCUCUUCUCCCCUCCCCGAUCAGGAGACUGAGGGCAGGAAGGGGAUCUCAACUCUUGCCCUGGCCCCCUCCUCAGUCCCCUUCCCAUCUGCAUGUUUCUUCUAUCCCAGUGCAGGCAAUGUCUCUUUGUUCCCUACUUUCCCCGGUACCCCUGAGCCACCUCUUGCCUGGACAGAUUUUGGUCCCCAAUAUUGGGGGGCUCCCAAUCUCAAGCCUUUGGAAAGCCAAUUUGUAAAUUCCAGCCUGAGCCAGGGUUGGAUUCCAAUGGGGCCUGGACCUGUAUUCUACUUUUUUUUUUUUGGGUGGGGUCUAUUGGUUUCCUUCCUCGCCGAUCCUCUUCUUCCCUGGAAGACUCUGGAGGGAGUCCCUUCAUCUCUGUGUCGUGUCCUGCUAUGGGGAGGGUGAAGCUGGGAGCUUCAGAGACUCAGGGCUCAGCUCAACAACCUCCUGCCCCCUGUCUGUCCUCCCCACCUUGAAUAAAAUAAUUUAAAGAGA